AUGGAGUUGUUCCUUUUUGGGGAAUAUGAAGUGUGUUGUGUUGUGUUGAGGUGUGUUGUGGUGUGUCGUGUUGAGGUGUGUUGUGUUGUGGUGUGUUGUGUUGAGGUGUGUUGUGUUGUGGUGUGUUGUGUUGAGGUGUGUUGUGUUGUGUUGAGGUGUGGUGUGGUGUGUUGUGUUGAGGUGUGUUGUGUUGAGGUGUGGUGUGUUGUGUUGAGGUGUGUUGUGUUGAGGUGUGUUGUGGUGUGUCGUGUUGAGGUGUGUUGUGUUGUGGUGUGUUGUGUUGAGGUGUGGUGGUGUUGUGUUGAGGUGUGUUGUGUUGAGGUGUGGUGUGUUGUGUUGAGGUGUGUUGUGGUGUGUUGUGUUGUGGUGUGUUGUGUCGUGUUGUGGUGUGUUGUGUUGAGGUGUGUUGUGUUGUGUCGCGUCAUGUCGUGUUGUGUUGAGGUGUGUUGUGUUGAGACCGACGGCUUCACCUUCGCCACUUUUGUCGCGCUCGUAUCGGACUUCUGCAGAGCGUCCGUUCAAUUCAGCUCCGUCCAACAACCGCCGGCCCCCGCUCCCUUCAGCGCCGAGCGACUCAGGGCAGUGUAG